AUGGCAAGCUUCAUCGCCAACAUGUUUCCAGGUAGCGGGGCAAAAGAGGCCAAGUCCCCUCUUGGGGAGCGACCUGGCACUCCGAUUCGGAACAGCUUCAUUGAGCCGCCCUCCACUCCUCUGGGCAGCCCAAGCAAGCGGACUAUUCCUCCAGGCGCCAAUGAUCUUCCUGUCGCCUUUGAAAGUUCCAUGAAACUUGGCGCUACCACUGGACUUGAGAGUCCCUUGAAGCUGCGGCCUCAGACUCUGGCCGCUCCCUUGUCACCAACCAAGAGCAACUUACAAUCUCUAGAUGAUGACUAUUUUGGCACCUCUUCGCCGCCUCUCGACCAAAGCGUCAUCCACAAGACCAAGACCAUGGCAUCGACCGGCAGUCCUCUGAAGAAGCAGGGCCAAGAGAACACACCGCCCUCGCGCAUUCCCGUUAUUGGUUCCAACUCUCCAUACACGCACAACCAAGCCGCCAUUUCCAGACACGAACUCUACCAACUCAACAGGCCGUCUCCCAGCUCAAACAAAAAGUUCAACACAAACAGAGGCCUUACACCCGAGGAGCUAGAGACGUUGAAGAAGCCCAACGUUCGCCGCAUGGUCAAUGUCACGCAGUUGUACUUUCUCGAUUACUACUUUGAUCAGAUCACCUAUGUCGGCGCACGACAGAACCGCCUUAACGCCUUUCGAGAGGAGAACCCAGCUCCCGAGGACGGCAACGACGAGACGUACAGAGACUUGUGGAAGAAGUAUUGUGGUCGAGAGCGCGCAAACCUGCGCAAACGUCGCGUUCGUCUUCGACAUGGCGAUUUCCAGAUCCUUACACAGAUUGGACAAGGCGGCUACGGUCAGGUAUACCUCGCUCAAAAGAAGGAUACUAAGGAGGUGUGUGCUUUGAAGGUCAUGAGCAAGCGACUGCUCUUCAAACUGGAUGAGGUGCGCCAUGUCCUGACCGAACGAGACAUUCUCACGACUGCCAAGAGCGAAUGGCUGGUUCGCCUCUUGUAUUCGUUCCAGGACGACAAGAGCAUAUACCUUGCCAUGGAGUACGUCCCCGGUGGUGACUUCAGAACGUUGCUCAACAACACUGGCGUUCUCUCGAACCGCCAUGCCCGCUUCUACAUUGCCGAGAUGUUCUGCUGUGUGGAUGCUCUGCACCAGCUAGGUUACAUCCACAGAGAUCUCAAGCCAGAGAACUUCUUGGUUGAUUCGACCGGCCAUGUCAAGCUGACAGAUUUUGGACUGGCGGCCGGUAUGCUGGCUCCGGCACGAGUUGAAUCGAUGCGCAUCAAGCUUGAAAAGGCGUCUGAGACCAAAGUUCCCUUCGGUAAGCCCAUGGAACAGCGCACUGUAGCAGAGCGCCGGGACGGUUACCGAUCGAUGCGUGAGAAGGACGUGAAUUACGCCAAGUCCAUAGUAGGAUCGCCUGAUUACAUGGCUCCCGAGGUCUUGCGAGGAGACGAGUAUGACUUCACAGUUGACUAUUGGAGUCUGGGAUGCAUGUUGUUUGAGGCACUUACGGGAUUUCCUCCCUUUGCCGGUUCUACUGCCGACGAGACUUGGAGAAACCUCAAGCAUUGGAAGGAUGUGCUCAAGCGCCCCGUCUGGGAGGAUCCCAACUACUUUCUCAGCAACCGCACCUGGUCUUUCAUCACAACUUGUAUCAACUCGCGAUCAAAGCGAUUCUCGAAUAUCAAGGAUAUCUACGAGCAUCAAUACUUUAGCGAGGUUGAUUGGAACAUGCUCCGGCAGACAAAGGCACCCUUCGUCCCCGAGUUGGACUCGGAGAUGGACGCCGGCUAUUUCGAUGACUUUACAAAUGAAGCUGACAUGGCCAAGUACAAAGAGGUCCAUGAGAAACAACAGGCCCUUGAGACUAUGGCAGAUCGCGAUGACGAAAUGGCCAAGUCAUUGUUUGUCGGUUUCACGUUCCGUCAUCGCAAGCCCACCACCGAGGAUGGAACUCCUCGGAAACCGAUACCCAAAGACGAUGGCUUUGGCACGAUGCUAUAG